AUGGUGACCGUCUCUCAUAUUGCGUUGGUUACCGCCCUCGGCACCCUAGGUCUGAUUUCAGCACUCCCUCCGAGAAUCAGGACGGCCCAGGUCGACCAGGGCGCCAGCGGGAAACCCUUCAACGGCAGGGCCACGCUUCGACAGGUCUCCCGCCCCAACUACCGCUUGAACGGCGCCCGCGCGGUGUACCAGGCGUACCUCAAGUACGGCGCCCCGGUUCCCGAUCAUCUCCUCCGCGCUGUUGCCUACACGGACUCGCUCAAUGCCGCUGCCGCCUCCGCCGGCGCAAAGCGCGACACGGGUAGCGCCCCCGCCAAUCCGGUCAACCCCGAAUACGACCAGGCUUAUAUAACCCCCGUCACCAUCGGCACACCACCGCAGACACUUGAUCUGGACUUUGACACGGGCUCGUCGGACCUCUGGGUCUUCUCGAGCCUCCAGCCAACAUCCGAGGUGGAGGGGCGGCAAUUCUAUUCCCCCGACGCAUCGGCUACAUCCGAGCAGCUAGAUGGCCAAACAUUCAGCAUAGAGUAUGCUGAGGGCUCCGGCGCCCGGGGCGUUGUGUACACCGACUACGUCACUGUGGGUGAGCUGACGGUGCAGGGCCAGGCGGUAGAAGCUGCUGAGCACGUGUCGGGCACGAUCACCGAUGAGAAGAAUAUCCAUGGGCUCCUGGGCCUGGGAUUUAGCGAGAUCAACACCGUUACUCCCGAACGUCAACUGACCUUCUUUGACUCGGCCCUACCAAAUCUAGACGAACCGGUCUUCGCCGCCGACUUGAAGGCCGGGAAAGCCGGGACGUACGACUUCGGGUUCAUCGACGAGGACAAGUACACGGGCGAAAUCGCAUACACGGCCGUCGACCCGACCCAGGGCUUCUGGAACUUCACCUCCUCAGGCUACGGCGUCGGGACGGGGGACUUUAGCGAAAGCCAGAUCAAGGGUAUUGCGGACACAGGUGGCUCAUUGCUGUUCCUUCCGACCCAGGUCGUCACGGAAUACUAUAGCCAGGUCGAGAACGCCACAACCGACGCCGAAUAUGGAGGAUACGUGUUCCCUUGUGACGCAGCGUUACCGCCCUUCGUCUUCGGGAUUGAGAGCGCCCGGUUCACCAUUCCCCCGGCAUACAUGAUCUACGGCCACGUGUACAGUGGCUCUCAGAUCUGCUUCGGCGGGCUCCAAGAUGGCAGCGCCAUGGGCGAGGCUGGCAGCAUCUGGGGUACUGCUGCAUUGAGGGCUGUGUACGUCGUCUUCAACGGUACAUCACCGCCAGCCAUUGGGUUUGCCAACAAGCCGCUGGAGUAA